UCCUUCAAAUCCCCUUCUUUAAAUGAAGCCCAACCCCUCUCCUCCUCCACUCUUCUCCAUUCAUUGGUAACAGUAAUACCCAACACUAGUCUCCCUGUUCCACCGCCGUUCUACCUUUUCUCUCUCCUCUUUGAAAUCUCUGCAGAUAUGGCCACUCACCCACCCUCCUCACAAUAAACCCCCAUAUCUCACCUCUCUUCUUCCCCAAAAAGAUGUUGGAAUCAUCGAAUCUGCCUAGGUGGCUGGGGGCCCUUCUGGGGGAGAAAUUCUUCAAUGCGUGCAUAAUUCAUGAAGAUUCGAAGAAGAACGAGAAGAAUAUCUUUUGUUUGGACUGUUGUGAGGGUAUAUGCCCUCACUGCUUGUCCCCUCACCGCUCUCACCGGCUCUUACAGAUAAGGAGGUAUGUGUAUCACGAUGUUAUCAGGGUGGGUGAUGCUGAGAAACUAAUGGACUGUUCCUUUGUUCAAUCUUACACGACAAACAGCGCAAAAGUGGUGUUUCUUAACCAAAGGCCACAGAGCAGGCCAUGUAGAGGCUCCGGCAACGUUUGCACCACCUGCGACAGAGGCUUACAAGACCCCUACGUCUACUGUUCUCUCUCCUGCAAGCUCCAACACAUCCUGUCAACCGACCCAACCCGGAUUUCGGACUACAUCUUCAGUUGCGAGCACCUCACGUUACCUGAACAGGGUCUAGACGACGGUCAAAUGACGCCAGAAUCAGUCCUCGAACCGGCCGGCUCGCUGCGGACCUCGUCCGGUUCGAGCGGAGCUGGGGGAAUCGGUUGCCUGACACUCGGUUGCACUGCCACGACGGAGGUAGUGGUGAGGAAGAAACGCAGCAAUGUUUCUGGUUUCCGGCCACCGUUUGCGCCGGUUUGUUCGCCGGUUUCGGAGAUUUCGGCCGGUCUGCUGAGCCGGCGGAAGGGUACCCCCCAGCGGUCUCCGCUUUAUUGAUUAGUGUACGGAAAGUUGAUGAGAGAGAAUGGGUUUAGAGGGAGACAGGGGAGGGGUAAUUGCUAGUAAUUCGGUGUAUUCUAUAGGGUAUUUUCGGGAUUUGAAAAUUGGACCCUCCCAUUUUGGUGUAGUACUUCCCACUAUUUUCUCUCUUUUAUUUUCUCAAUUGUGUAAUCAGUAAUGGGUAGUACUGUAAUUUUCUUCUUUAUAGAGUGACAGUGACUAUAUUCCUAUAUUGAAAUAUUAUUAGCUGAAGCAUUUCUUUGCGUGGUUA